AUGGUUCAAUCAGUCCUCUCGUCUGCCUUCUUGAUGACUCCCUCUCCCUUGCCCUCUCGAUUCCUUCCCUUGCCUCUGUGGCGCACUCCGUGCUGUACGCCAGACCGCCGCCUCCCCUUUUGCUUCUGCGCUGGUCCUGUCCCGCCUCGCUUCGCAGGUCCUCCGCACUCAUCCGUGCUCCUGCUCGCCCCCACUGCCGCUCUGGCGAGCAAUGCGCCCUCGCCCGUCCUUCCCUUAGCGUUCCGCGCUGCCAGUGCCUCUCGGGCGGUGGGGAUCUCUCGUCCCUUCUUCCUCCAUGCCCGCGGCGACUUUCUUGCAGAUGCCACUCCUCCUCCCAUCUCCCUCCCUGCUUACGCUGCAGAUCUAGCGAACGUGCCUCGCCCCUUGCCCUUCCCUCGUUGUGCCGCUGCGGAUCAGGCGAGCCAGACUCGCCAGUCCGUCUUCUAUCUCGUUGCCAAUGCUCAUCAGGCGAGCGCGCCCCGCCUCCCUGCCUCCCAUCAUGGUGCCGACGCGGAGCAGGCGAGCGCGACCCUCCGUUCCGCCCUCCUCCGCGCUGCCGACGCGGAUCAGGCGAGCGCGACCCUCCGUUCCGCCCUCCUCCGCGCUGCCGACGCGGAUCAGGCGAGCGCGACCCUCCGUUCCGCCCUCCUCCGCGCUGCCGACGCGGAUCAGGUGAGAACUCGUCCCUGGGCACUUCAUAUCGCAUCUCCGCUCACCCCCGCUGCUGCUCUGACGAAUGAUUCGCCUUCGCUCGCGUGUCCCGGCUGCUUCCAUGCUGCCGCUCUACCCCUGGCAAAGGUGACCACGCGUCACGCCUUCCUCUACGUGGCCGAUGCGGGUCUGGCGAGCGCAAUUCAUCACUUCGCCUUCCCCCUCCCUGCCGAUGCAGAUCUGGCCAGCACGACCUGUCGACUCGCUUUCCUCCGCACAUGUGAUGCAGAUCUGAUGCAUGCGGCCCCUCUUUUCGCCUUCCUUCGUCCUGCCGACGCGUAUCUAGAGGAUGAUCUUCUUCCGCACGCUCAUACGUCAUGGUGCUCCCGCGGUCUCCUCCACCGCGACGGCGCUCCCCUUCUCCCUGCGAGCUUGGCGCUCCCGUAUCUCGGCGACGUCGUCCGCCGCCUCCCUCUUCUCGUCGUCCAUCAAGCCGCCACGGAUCGCCGCCCGUCAUGGCAGAUCCCGAUCCGUCUCUGCCUUCGCGAACUGAUCUGCCUCCGCGUCGUUCACGCGUGA